AUGAAAAUUAAAAAAAAAAAAAAGAAAUAUCACAGAAGCAGAGAGAGAAAGACUGAGAAAAAGAAAAAAGAAAACGAAAGCUUGCUACGGAGGAAAGAAGCAAAUCUGAACAGCAGCUAAGGAAAAAACAAAAGCCAAAGGUUUGUUAUCAUAUUCCCUUUGAAAUUCCACUUUCUCUUCUCGAAGGAGAGAGAAAUGCGAGAAAAUUCGAGGUGUCUCCGUUUGAAACCGAUCUGUCUCUGCUUUAUGUCACCGAUCUGAGCCCUGCAACACUCAUAUUCUCAAAGAAGAAAAAUGCAUUAAAUGCCAUUAGAUCCAAGUGUCUCAUUCAACACUCUUUACGUUGACAUUGGCAUUUAAGCUCCGUUUCUUUUCUCUUCCAAUUUGAGAUCUCAAUCGUUAUCAAAACGAGCUUCGUUUUGUCACUGAAGGCUAUUUUUUAUUACUUGGGAUUCUUUGGUGAGUCUAAGGAACUUCACGUGUGCUUUCCAGAAGCGGUGAAUCAAUUUCCGCGCUCACUCUAAUUUUGAGCAGCAUUAGUAAAGGCUUAGCAUAGCGGUUACCGGUGGCUGAAAAUUUUGAGUUUUGACUUAGGGUUUUGUUCAAUGAAGGUAUUUUCACUGUUAAAUUGAUGAAAUUAAGGGUUCGGAGGUUGUGUUACGUUAUGAGCAUCUCAAUUUGGCCGGUGUUGUUCUGGUGCUGAAGCUCUCAUUUUGGAAUGUACGAUCAUUUCAGUUAUUCUCAACAAUUUGACAACUUAUAAAGAUUUUCUAUCAAGUAUUCUAUUUUAGAAACAGGCCUUGUGCCUUGUUUAUCUUCAUUUGGAAGUUGACUGCUUUAGUUCGUUGGAAACACGAAAAGGCUGCGAAUUCAGAGUAAAUUAUGGAGCAGGAUGGCUGCUUAAUUUCUAGAUUCAUGGAGAGAUUACGGUGAUUGUUUCGAAAGGGUAGAUUAGGGCAGCAGAGAUGCCUCCUUCUCCAGCAUUGAGAUGCUCUCCAGGGAGGGAGUUGAGAGGGGAAAACCACAGACGCAGGCUUAGUUUUGAGAGUGGAUUGAUUGUAAGAGAAAAGGAUGAUGACCUUGCUUUGUUUAAUGAAGUGCAGUCCAAAGAAAGGGAGAAUUUCUUGCUUCUGUCUUCGGAUAACUUUGAAGACUCAUUUGACACAAAACUGAAACAUUUUUCAGAUUUCAAACUUGGAAUCUCCAUUCCCGUUCGGGGAGAUACUAGCGAACUCCUUAAUGCAGAUGAGGAGAAAAAUGACUAUGAAUGGUUAUUAACUCCACCUGACACCCCGCUUUUUCCUUCGUUGGACGAUGAGCUGCCACCAGCUAAUGUUGCCCACAGGGGUAGACCUCGAACUCAACCCAUUUCCAUAUCAAGAUCAUCCACAAUGGACAAGAGUUACAGAAGCAGUAGAGGCAGUGCAAGUCCAAAUCGUUUAAGCCCAUCACCUCGGUCUGGGAAUAGCACAUUCCAGGCUAGAGGAAAGCCAUCUUCAGCACCUCAGUCCAGUCCAAUACAGUCAGCUACACCUACUCGGAGACCAUCUCCUCCCCCUAGUAAAUGUUCCACACCUGCUCAAAGGUCUGCUACACCAACUCCUCGAAGGACAAGCACAGGCACCAGUGGCACAGCAGCAGGAUCAGGGGUAAAGGGAACCUCUCCUAUAAGAGAAAGUAGGGGAAACUCUUCAUCACCGAAAAUAAGGGCAUGGCAGUCAAAUGUUCCUAGUUUCUCCUUAGAGGCACCACGUAGUCUUCGUACUUCUCUGGCUGAUCGACCAGCAUCGUAUGUGAGGGGUUCCUCACCUGCAUCUAAAAAUGGCAGGGAUGCAAGAUUUGGCAGGCAAUCAAUGUCCCCAACUGCCUCUAGAAGUGCCAGUUCAUCACAUAGCCAUGAUCGAGACCAAUUUAAUUCAUACAGUAAAGGUUCCAUAGCAUCAUCCGGUGAUGAUGAGAUAGACUCUUUACAAUCUAUUCCUCUUGGUGGAUCAAGCCAUUCAGUCACAAGGAGACUUGGUCCAUUCCCGGAUAACAAGGUUCCGACCUUUAACAAGAAAUCAGCUAGAGUGUUAUCACCAAGUUCUGCUCCAAAACGAUCCUUUAACUCUGCUCUUCGUCAAAUGGAUCAUCGGAAGAGUCCUCCAAAUAUGUUCAGACCUCUAUUAUCUAGUGUUCCAAGUACCACUUUCUAUGUUGGGAAGGGAAGUUCUGCACAUCGUUCUUUGAUGUCAAGGAACUCAUCUGUUACCACCAGCAGUAAUGCAAGUUCUUAUCAAGGUACAAGUGCUGUGCUUGAUACUGAAGGGAGUGACCGCCAACAUGAUGAUAUGACAAGUGAAUCUGGAAAGGGAACUUAUGCCAAUGUUCAGGAAGAAGCUUUUGCCUUCGAUAAGAUGGAUGUGUUAAACCAGGAUGCUAGCUGUGAAAGCCGUGACGGCUUGCUUAAUAUUCUUAUUGAAGAUGCUGAUAGAGACUCUGCAAUUCAAUGUGACCCUGACUGUUCUAAGGAGUUAAGUAACCAUGGUCUUGAAGUGGAAAUGAGUUCAACAUCUGAUGCUCAAUGUGACUGGGGUGAUCUUUCAGAAGUUGAUUGUUUUAAAAGUACAAAAAUUUGUUCUAAAUGUGGUUGCAGGUAUCGUGUUAUUGAACAGGUUGAAGAAGAAAUCAGUCUUUGCGCAGAUUGCAGUAGGCAACAUGAUAUUGUUGCUGGUGACAUCUGUGACCUGACAAUAGUAACUGCAAAGAACUUUCCAGGGUUUUCUAUGAAAAUUUCUGAAGAUAAGCCAUUUCAUGAAUUGGAAACCUCAAUUCCUCCAUCUGAUUCACUGUUGCAAGUUACUGAUGCAGUUGAACCCUGCGCUUCUCAGCAUGAGGAAAAUAUCAAGCAAAGUGAAGAUUUCUCUCAAGAAAAUUCUCUUAGAAGGUCUCUGGCAGAGGGAGGUGAGCAGAGGCUUGGCUACCAGCAAGAGAUGGAUCAACCAACCGUUGGUUAUUCCCUACCCGAUAGGGAAACUGGAGAUGAGCAGUUGCAGGACUCUGAUGAACAUUCUGUUUUGAAGGUUAACACCUCAGAAGUUGCAGGCAUAUCAGUACUGUUAAAGAGGUCAAGCAGCAGCAAGGGGCCUGUUGUUCUAGGUAGGACUUUUGCAACCAUACCUUAUGAAGAUCUGUCUUAUGCAAGAGACAGUUCUAACAGUUUCAGAAGCUCUAUCGGACAUGGCAGUAUAUCUGCCUCAUCUUCUGUUGAUUUUAACUCAUUUAGACAAACAGAUACACGUGUGCAACGGCAGUUAGGUGGUAAAAAAUCUGAGUUGGAUAAUUACAGAUAUGACAUGAAUGUGAAGCCUCAAAGCUUUGCUUUACCUUUGUCUCAAAGUUCAAGCAAUAACUACCAAGCUUUAAGUCUUGCAACAAGCACAAAUGAAGAAAAUUUUGAGGGUUCUGUUGGCAGUCUGAAAUUUGAUGAAGCAGAGGAAAUAGCUGUAGUUUCUCAAGCCAAAGUGGUGGGUUCUGAAAAUUCAGAAGUUGGUUCAACAUUCACUGGUGCUUCCAUUCCCAAAAAAGAUGGUAUUGAGUGGAAUGAAAUUAGUAGAAUAAGUGGUACUUUAACCUCAGAGCUAUUAGAGGACAAUUCAGCAGCAUCAUUUCCUCUCCCUGGAGACUGUGUUUUGUAUGAAAAUGGAUAUGACAUGCCAAGUAUUGAUAGAAUUGUCUCUGGUGUUGAAGCAUCAGCUAUCACUCUAGAUUGUACUCUUGAAGAACAUAGCAUCCUGAAUGCUACUCCUGAUGGAGUAGAUGAUGCUGAGGCUGCUGGCGACAGCUCUUUGGCUACAAUCUCAGAAAUAGAAAUCGAGAAUUCCUGUCAGAGUUCCUGCGGUUUAGAACUUGAUGACUCAUCACCAAAUUCUGAGAGAAACAAGAAGGGAUCCAUGGACCUGUCAGUUUCCAUACCUUCAGAUGUGGAUACCACAGCUUCCGUUCAGGAAAUGUCAGAUCAUGCAGAUGGCAUUUUAGAGGAGUCAACUGUCUUGGUAAAAUGUCAUGGAGGAAGUAAGGCCAGAAGCCUGACACUUGAAGAAGCGACCGACACAAUACUUUUCUGCAGUUCCAUUGUCCAUGAUCUUGCAUACCGGGCUGCGACCAUAGCCAUUGAAAAGGGAAGUUCAGUGCCAUUGCAAGGUUCCAGGCCAACAGUAACAAUCUUGGGGAAAUCCACUUAUGACAGGAAGGAUCUACGGGGGAGGACUGUUGGUAGACGAACUUCCAAAUCUCAUAAAGUCAGGCAGAGGUGGGUAGAAACCAAUGUAAAAUCUGUGUCUACCAAGACUGAAAAUGAUGAGAAUGCCGAUGAAUCUUCAAUUCACAACGUUGGUCUUCCUAACAAGUUGGACAGUACGAAGCCUCAAAAGCUAGAAUCCAAGUGCAACUGCUCAAUAAUGUGAGAGUAAGUCUUUCAUUCAGACCAAACAUGCAGUGCUCCACCAGCCUCCACAUGACCUUGCCACUCCUACAGUCAUAUUUGGAGAGAUGGGCAAUUGCUUUGUAUUUCAAUGGAUUUGUGUUUGAAAGGCUGUUUGAAUUUGCAGCCAAUUGGUUAUCAUUGGUUCCAAAUUUAGUUGUAAGAAACGCCACCUGAAGUCGGUGACAUAAU